ACCUCGGACGGCGGUGGAGCCAGGCACUGGAGAGCCUGGGGAUCUGGUGGGUCCGCACUCGGGCCGCGACAAGCUGGCAUCCGUGGGAGUCCGGCACAGCUGACCACCACCGCCCAGCAGCUCACUGCGAUGGUGGCUGGCGUGAGCCUCCUGCUGCGCGCCCUGCCGCUGCUGCUAUGGGGCUGCCAGGACGCACAGCCCACCCAGCACGGACACCCGAAGCUGCGCCAGGAGGCAGAGGCAUUCCUGGAGAAGUACGGAUACCUCAGUGAGCAGGGCUCCAAAGCUCCAGCCUCCGAUCAGUUCAGUAAGGCCAUCAGAGAGUUCCAGUGGGUAUCCCAGCUGCCCAUCAGUGGCGUGCUGGACCAGGCCACACUGCGCCAGAUGACACGCCCACGCUGUGGGGUUGCCGAUACUGACAGUCACGCAACUUGGACAGAGAGGACCAGUGCCCUGCUUGCUGGACACCGAACCAAAACGAGGCGUAAGAAACGCUUUGCAAAGUCAGGUAACAAAUGGUACAAGCAGCAUCUUUCCUACCGCCUGGUGAACUGGCCUGAGCGCCUGCCGGAGCCAGCUGUUCGAGGGGCCGUGCGUGCUGCCUUCCAGCUGUGGAGUAAUGUAUCAGCACUGGAGUUCUGGGAGGCCCCAGCUACAGGCCCUGCUGACAUCCGCCUCACCUUCUUCCAAGGAGACCACAAUGAUGGGCUGGCCAACGCCUUCGAUGGCCCAGGGGGCGCCCUGGCGCACGCCUUCCUGCCCCGCCGGGGCGAAGCGCAUUUCGAUGGAGACGAGCGCUGGUCUCUGAGCCGCCGCCGUGGGCGCAACUUGUUCGUGGUGCUGGCCCACGAGAUCGGCCACACGCUCGGUCUCACGCACUCGCCCGCGCCACGUGCGCUCAUGGCGCCCUACUACAAGAAGCUGGGCCGCGACGCCUUGCUCAGCUGGGACGAUGUGCUGGCGGUGCAGAGACUGUACGGAAAGCCUCUGGGGCGUUCAGUAACCACCCAACUCCCCGGAAAGGUGUUCACUGACUUUGAGGCCUGGGACCCCCAAAACUCCCAGAGCAGACGCCCGGAAACCAGAGGUCCUAAAUACUGCCACUCUCCCUUUGAUGCCAUCACUAUAGAUGGACAAUGGCGACUGUAUGUCUUCAAAGGGAGUCAUUUCUGGGAAGUCACAGCUGAUGGCAAUGUUUCAGAACCUCAUUCAAUACAGAAAAGAUGGCCGGGACUGCCCCCUAGUAUUGAGGCUGCUGCUGUGUCUUUGGAAGAUGGAGACUUCUACUUCUUCAAAGGGAAUCGCUGUUGGAGGUUCCAGGGAACGAAGUCCGUAUGGGGCUUUGCAAAGCUCUGCCGGGCAGGUGGUCUACCCCGACACCCGGACGCAGCUCUCUUCUUUCCGCCUCUGCGCCGCCUAGUCCUCUUCAAGGGUUCCCGCUACUACGUGCUGGCUCGAGGAGGGAUGCAAGUGGAGCCCUACUAUCCUCGCAGCCUGCGGGACUGGGCCGGGGUCCCUGAGGAGGUCAGCGGUGCCCUGCCAAGGCCGGAUGGCUCCAUUGUCUUCUUCAGAGAUGACCACUAUUGGCACUUGGAUCAAGCCAAACUGCGGGUGACCAGCUCCGGCCGCUGGGCCACCGAGCUGUCCUGGAUGGGCUGUUGGAAUGCCAACUCAGGAGGUGCCCUGUUCUGAAGGCUCCCCACCACUGAAUGAACCGUGGUUGAUGCCGUCUGAAGGGUGGGGUCUGUCUAGGAAGGCCCUGGACGUCUCAAGAAGCUCUUGAGCAGUAAGGACUCCAAGCAGGAAAUCAAUCUGCAUUUGUUCCCUGGGGUGGAAGGAGAACUGGAGUUCCUACAGCCUUUUCCCUCAAGGACCUCUUUCCUUCCCACUUGUGUGUGUAUGUGGGAAGGCAGAUUCUGUUCUGGUGAAGACGCUGCCCUAUGCCCAUAGUGCCUAGUCCUGGAAAGAUGCAAACUCAGCUGAGGCUGGAGACUAUAUCUGCAGGACCCUCCCUUUCAGUGCCUUUCAGGCUCAGUUCUUGGGAAAUCAAGUGCUAUUCAACAGAGACUUUGCCCCACCGCCUACCCUCAGCAAGCAGGGAUGUAGUGAAGUCUCAAGGAUCCCCGCUGUCAGGGGCUCUCUGUUGGAUCAGGAGGCAGAGCAGAGGAGACUGUGUUCCUCCUAGGACUGACUUUUUGUCUGGGCUAAUGAAGAAGCACCCCCCCCCCCCAGCUGGUCAACCUAGAGGUGUAGCAACCUUCCCUGGGCAGAAUCGUCCACCCUUCUCAAUAGAAGCACAUGGGUACUGGGUGCUGGAGACACAAGGACCAUGCUCUUACAUUCAACCCAGGGACAGCCAGCUGUGUUUGGUUUCAUGGAGAGACGGAGUGAACCUCUCUUCAAAAUGCAGAACUCCUCCACCCCAUUUGCUUCCAAGAUGGACAUCCUGAGCAUCGGGAAGGUGGAAGAGGGUCCUUGGGGGAUCUGCUCAGGAUGCAGUUGCCAUAGUGCUCUGUAGGUUGGGUGAGGCCCGUUUGCUUGCAAUGGCCCCAUUCUCCAGGCCACACACGCAGCAGCAUUCCGAAGCUCAUGCUAUCUAGCCAAGAAUAGCUGGGAUUCCUGGAGAAGGAACCCGCUCCCUGCCUUCCCCUUUUCUCUCAGCCUGUCUCAGUAUUAAUUUUAGCAUCUGGAUCUCCAGCCCUCCCUCCUCCCUCUCCACCUACCAGUGUCUCUGCAAGCAAACA